AUCCAUCAGUCUGUGUUUUCCUGGCAGUUGAUCAUGCGCGCCGGUGUUUGUUGUGUGACGGGGGGGUGUGGCUCCACGCACACGCGCAGCCUGACAGCGUGCAGCCUCGGAGGGGCUCCUCAGGGAGGGCUGCUUGGCCCCGCCCACUGUGUGAAGUAUAAAACUUUUGGGUGCGCAACGCCUCGAGUCUUACAAACGCCAGGAUGGAAAGGCUCCUGCGCGCGCUCUCUGGCACAGCUCCCUCUUCUUCUUCUCCUCCUCCUUCUCUUCUUCAUCAGACCGGGAUUUCCCACUCGGGACGCUCGAGCUUGUAGAGACAGAAAAAAAAGAAAGAAAGACAGAAGUGAGGAAGAGGAUGGUGCGUGCGCUCACAGGAUGCUGGUGCGGAAUUUGGAUCCGGUUCUGUGGAAUAUGCUGACAGACCCGGACGACUGAUGGUUUUUGCUGAGGAUGCGCAUCCAUAUAACGAUGUAAUUUCCCAGUUCUCAGCGCGCACAGAUCUUUGAGUGAAGCUGCAUCCGAGUGCGUGAGAGCCGAGCGGCGCGCGCUCCGCAUGGAGACGGCGCGGCUCUGAAGGAUCCCUCCUCUCUGUCCGUGCAUGACUUUGACUCUGGGAGCAGAAAGAAAAGCUGCCUCCUCUCUUCCUCACACAGAAAAUGAGUAGCUGUCCCCUCCGGCUGGCUCUCCUCGUGGCUUGCGUCCUCUACAUCCGCUGCAGCACUGCGCCCGGCACCGAGGCUCCCCGGGGCGCGUGUGCGUCCUGCGCCGCCGCCGCCCGGCCCGAGGACGCCGAGUCGGGGCGCGUGGACGGGGACUUGCUAGAGGCGGUGAAGAGGCACAUCCUGACCCGGCUGCAGCUGCGGGACAGACCCAACAUCACGCACCCCGUGCCGAAAGCCGCCAUGGUGACUGCGCUGCGGAAGCUCCACGCGGGGAAGCUGCGCGAGGACGGCAGGGUGGAGAUCCCGGACCUGGACGGGCAUCCGAUGAGCAACGAGGUUCUGGAGGAGAGCUCGGAGAUCAUCAGCUUUGCGGAGAAAGAUGACCUGGUCACAUCCAAGUCCAGCCUGUUCUUCCUGAUCUCUAGUGAGGGAAACCAGAACCUGCGGGUAAUCCAAGCCACCCUGUGGCUCUACUUUAAGCUGCUGCCGUCGCCCACCGAGGAGCGCGGCAAGCGGAAGGUGACGACAAAGGUCUACUACCAGGAGCCCGGCCUCGGCAGCAAGUGGAACCUGGUGGAGAAGCGGGUGGAGCUGAGGCGCAGCGGCUGGCACACCUUCGCCCUGACGGACGCCGUCCGGUUGGUGUUUGAGAAAGGUGGCGACAGGCGGCAAAACCUGGACGUGCGCUGUGACGGCUGCGAGGCGCAGGGGGUCGUGCCCGUCUUGCUCAAUCUGAACGACGACUCGCACCGGCCGUUCCUGGUGGUGCGGGCGAGGCAAGCAGACGCGAAGCACCGCAUCCGGAAGCGGGGGCUGGAGUGCGACGGCAGCAGCGACCUGUGCUGCCGCCAGCAGUUCUACAUAGACUUCCGGCUAAUCGGCUGGAACGACUGGAUCAUCGCGCCGUCGGGAUACUUUGGGAACUACUGUGAGGGGAACUGCCCCCCCUACAUGGCGGGGGUCCCCGGAUCGGCCUCUUCCUUUCACACGGCCGUGGUGAACCAGUACCGCAUGCGGGGCAUGAGCCCCGGCUCCAUGAACUCCUGCUGCAUCCCCACCAAACUCAGCACCAUGUCCAUGCUCUACUUCGACGACGAGUACAACAUCGUGAAGCGGGACGUACCCAACAUGAUUGUGGACGAAUGCGGUUGUGCGUGAGGGCCCAGUUUAACUGAGAACCGCACGCCAUAUUACAGCAGCAAAUGCAUAUAGAAUAUUUAUGGACAAUGAAGAAGACGUGCACACACCCACUUCCACACGUAUCUACACAUCCCCAUGUAUGCCUGCACAGAAACUUGUACAUAUAUUUAUGUUUGUUGACUUUCUUGGUCAUAUCAGUUCAAUCCCACUCUCUUCUUAAUCACUUUGAAAACAAUCAGCUUCUCAUUAGAUAUCUCCAAGAUGGUGAGGAAGACUUUGGUCCAGCCUUUACAAAGCUGCAUAAUCAGAUAAAAUACUGCUGCGGUCGGUUGAGUUGUUUAGUACGUGUAAAGCUACGUUCACACCGCCCUCGGAAACGUGAGUUCAAGCAACCACUUUGUAUGAAAGGUCCACGAUUUCAGAUAUUAAAACUAUUGCGUUCAAGUUUCUAAGACCAUUUUCAGGCUCUAUAUUCCAGACCCUUCAACACACGACUGGACUCUGAUUUGGUAGUGACAUACAGAUGGUGUUCCUUUUAAUUCAAGGACCAACCAGCUGAAAAUUUAUCAUGAAAUUGAUAAUAACGGUUUGCCAGAAAUCUAUGACACGAGCUUUGAAAGACAUUUCACUCUAACUCUAGGUGGUAGACGUGCGCUGGUAUCAGGUAGCGUUCUUGAACAUGCUCGGUGUGAACGUAGCUUUAGGCCAAAAAGACCGGAUCGUCUCUCUCAAGGUGCAGGGAGCCUUACCUAACAGAUCAACUGUGCAGCCACCUUUAACAAACAGCACUUCAGGCCUGCAGUCACAAUCGUUCUUACCUUUCCGGCAACAAAACAGAACAUUUUUGCUCCAAUGGAAGGCAAAAAACGGAGAUGUUAUCCCUAAUGUCCAAGAAAACAACCAUGACUGGGAUUACUGGGAUUAGAGUUCUUGUAGAAACUUAAGCAAAAGGAAGUGAAACAAGAAAAAAACAUAAAAAUACUUGACUAAAUUUCAAAUUUUUUCAAUCUAAUUUAUUUUAUAUGUAUCUCAACAACAAACCAUAGGACACCAAGACAAACAUCUCCCUUAUCUGCCUGUCUUUUUUGGAUCCGAAACGUCUGGUUGGCGGAGGUCCUUAACUCUUGUUUCAUUCAGCGAAAGCGAGGCAUUGCCAUAUCGGUGCAGCUUUGCACUCCCGGAACGCACACUUUGAAAGCACUUGCAGAUUGAAAAUGCCUUUGAGAAGCCCUCGGCGAUGCGCCAUUAGAAUCUCUCUAAAGUAAACGAAUGCCGCGUGAGCUAUGCAAUGUAUAGUCUAUACCCACAAAUCCGACAACUAAAGCCCUUAUGGGACAAACUAUCAUUAAUACUUGAAAUGUGAGAGUGGCAGGCUGAGAUGGGCGGGGCUUCAGGAGGGAGGAGCAAUCAGAAGGCUUUUUUGAAAAAUAUAACGUCCUGAACUUCCUGUAUGGAAGCCUUUUAGUCCAAAAUAGGAGGUUGGAGGAGCAGAGAUGAACUCAAACUACAUCGUUUAAAAAACUGCAAAUCAUUGACAAUCAUUGAGGUAUAUUUUUAUUUACACAACAAUUAAUAAUAAAUGACGGAAUUUUGAAUAUAAAAAUGUUUAAAUGAGUGUUUCUACAUGCUAAAAGCACAACAGAUCAUUAUAAGUUUUCACAUUAUUUUGGGACAAAUAUUUAUCUAUGGCACAUCUUUUUUUUUUUUUUAAUAAAAGCAUAUUUUACUGAAAGUAAAAAAAGAAAAAUCAACCCAACUGGUGAAAUGAGUUGAAACUUUUGACUUACUGUAUAACCAUAUUUAUAAUUAGUUUCCCAGCCUAACACAGAAGUUUGACCAUCUCAAAGCACCAAGUGCUCUGGGUCACUGGGAGACAAACAGAAGCCACUUUAUCUGGAUUAUUUUAGGUUCUUCAAAAGGCACUUAUUGGAUGUCGCUAAAUAUUUGUUCACAAAUAAAAUAAAUCAAUUAAAAAAAGCCAAAGUUAUUAAGGCUCUCAGCCAAAAACCAUUAUUUGACAUCUAAAGGCCUCUAAGUCAGCCAUAAGGAAAAAUAAAAUGUUUAAUGCACACAAAGUAAUAUUUAUUCAAAAAAUAUAUGUAUUUUUUAAAAUCUAGAAAAAACAUUUUUGAAAUGAAUAAAAAAAAAUAAUUUACAGACAGUACUAACAAUGUGUAUGGAUGGACCUCGGUUUAUUCAAAAAAUAUGUUUAAAUACAAUAAACCCUUUGUUGAUGCCAUGACACAGAUUUUAUUACAAAGUUUUGUCUCUAUACCUUUAUUUGAAGUUUAUAAAAUGUGUGAAGUAACUUUUCGGGAAUGGUAAACUGAAAUCAAAUUAGGCUAAUUUUGUUACAGUGACCAAGUCCUAAAGUAUAUCCCUGAGGUACACCACAACAUAUUUUGUGAUUACAAAAAUGUAACUAAUUUUCUUUGAAGUUUAUAAAAUGUGUCUUAACUUUCAGGUUGCCAAAAUUUGUGGUAAUAUGAAAUUAAACUAGGCAAAUUUUGUUUAAGUAACCAAGUCCUAAAGUACAUCCCUGAGGUACUCCAUAACACAUUUUAUUACAAAGAUUUGUCUUUAUUUAUUUGAAAUUAAUGAAAGUUGUAAAUUCACUUUCAGGAUAUGGUAAGUUAGAAUCAAAUUAGGCCAAUUUUAUUGAAGUAACCAAGUCCUAAAUCAUGUUCCUGAGGUACUUCAUAACAGAUUUUAUUACAAAGGUUUAACUUCUUUAAUGUUUAUUAAAGUUGUAUCAACUUUGAGAUUGUUAAAACAUGUGGUUAUUUAAAAUCAAAGUCCUAAAGUACAUCCCUAAAGUACUCUAUGAAAGACUUGAAUACAAAGAUGUGUCUUUAUUUAUUAUAGGGUUAUUAAAGUUGUAACUUAACUUUCAGUAUGUGGUGAGUUGUAAUCAAAUUAGGCAAAUUUUGUUAAAGUGACCAGGUCCUAAAGUACAUCCCUGAAGUACUCCAUAACAUAUGUUAUUAAGAAGAUUUAACUCCACUUCUUUGAAGUUUAUAAAAGUAAUGUCUUACCUUUUAGGAAGCAAGAAUAUGUGGCAAUUUGAAAUCAAACUAGGCAAAAUUUGUUAAAAUGAUCAAGUCCUAAAGUAUAUCCUUGAGGUACUCCAUACCAGAUUUUUUUACAAAUAUUUGUCUCCAUCUCUUUGAAGUUUAUGAACGUUGUGUCUUACCUUUAAGUAUGUUAAAAUAUGUGGUAAGUGGAAAUCUAAUCAAGCAAAUUUUGUUAAAUUAACCAAGCCCUAAAGUACAUCCCUGAGGGACUCCAUAUCAAAAUGUGUUACUGAUUUUUGACUUUUGCGCCUUUAAAUAUUACUUUUUGGUUGGGAAAUGUCAUUUGAGACGUUGGAAAUUUGAGAUUUUGUAAGGAUACAGGCCGCCGUCAAGACUCACAGAGAUGACCAAACCUGUUUUCAUUGUCAGACAUGACGUGCCGGCCUUUGUGCAAAGAACACUGAAUGACCUGUUGUGCUUUUCGACGAUACAAACAUCAUAAAAGUUUAUCUCGCAACAUAAAACCGGGUGCUGGUAUGCAGCGAGGCAACCGGCGGCGAUGCGCAUUAAAAGCCCUGAUUUCAGACGAGUGUGCACACACCAGCACACGUUUACAGGCCUGUUAUUUUGCACGUCUGUAGCGCUUAUUCACAAAUACCUGAGCCCCACAUCCUGCUUAUUAUCUCCUCCCGUCCGACGCCCGCCCCCCUCCCUCGCCUGCUGCUGGGAUCUCUUAUUCUUCAAAGGUUGUUAGAGUAUUUGCACUGAGGAGUUGCGUGACUCGAGUCAGAAAAAGGAAAUAAAUAGAACUGCCAUUGAAAGAAAAGAAGCUAUUUUUGUAGAACCUGAGCUCUGUUCUGAUGAACCGCAUUGUGGAACCAAAGAGGCCGCCAUGUUUUCUUCGUGUUGUGACUUUGUGACAGAUAAAGAGGCCUAAACACUGUAUCAGGGUAUGAUAUCAGUCAAUAUUCAGCUCAAGCUCUUUUCUAUUUUGUACCAAGACAUGGAAAAUAUCAUAUUUUUUCAUCAAAGUACUUAAAUAUUCCUAGUUUUCUUUUCUUGUUUUCAUUAGCUCUUGAAUCAUUUAGAGAGAAGCACAUGCCAUCCUUGUACAGACCAUGUAACAUAUAAAUAUGCUUUUAAAAUAUUUCAGUCUUUGUAAUUGUCGAAAAUAAAUUUCUUAUUACCAGUUGUA